AUAUAUAUAUAUAUAUAUAUUAAAAGUAGGAGCUCCGUUGUCGCCAUGUUUGGCCGCCGAGAAAAUUUUCACCGGAAAACAGUCAUUCCUUUUCCGGAUCUCCGCCGUUCAAAUGAAGUGAAGAGUCCGCCGUUCCCCGCAAUCCACACGAGAAAUUUAGAAUCAUAAUCUGCUUUUAUGUUCUCGGUCUUCUUUUACAUUUUGAAUAGAUUCCUCGAAUCAUGAAUCGCGAUUUUUCUUUUUCUGAUGGAAAUUUUACGAGGCUUGUGCUGAUUAUUUCUAUGGCAGGUAAAAAAUUUCUGACAGAUAUCAUUUCCGACAUCUGUAGCAAUGGUUCGAGAGAAGGACAUGUGUUGGGAGUUCGCAGAUAAAUUAGACGGGAAUAAGGUGAGGUGCAAGUUCUGUUCUAGAGUCUUGAAUGGCGGAAUUAGCAGGUUGAAGCAUCAUCUAUCUCGACUUCCGAGUAAAGGAGUGAAUCCUUGUACCAAGGUAAGGGACGAUGUCACUGAUAGAGUCCGUGCUAUUUUAUCUGCCAAGGAUGAUGCUAGAGAAUCGCCUAGCACCAAAAAGCUGAAAACCCCAGAACUUAAACCUUCACCUGGGAAUUUACCUGUUUCUAGGCCUCUAAUUCCCUUAGAUGCUGUCUCUUCUGCUGCUAAAGUUUUCCCGACCAUCCUUCAACCGCUGCCAUCUUGUUCAAACAAUCAAGAGAUUGCAGCGAGGAGUAUUGCUCUUUUCUUCUUUGAGAACAAGAUCGACUUUGGCGUGGCCCGCUCAUCGUCGUAUCAGCAAAUGAUCGAGGCAAUUGCGAAAUGCGGUGUCGGAUUUGUUGGCCCUUCUGCUGGAUCUCUCAGGACUGUGUGGUUGGACAGGGUAAAGUCCGAAGUUGGCAUACAGUUGAAAGAGAUUGAGAAAGAGUGGCACACCACCGGCUGUACUAUCCUGGCGGAGGCAUGGACUGAUAACAAAUCCCGGGCACUGAUAAACUUCUUUGUCUCAUCGCCGUCAAGAACCUUCUUUCACAAGUCUUUGGAUGCUUCUUCAUACUUCAAGAACACGAAAUGCCUAGCUGAUUUGUUUGAUUCUGUAAUUCAAGAUAUCGGACAAGAACAUGUCGUGCAAAUCAUAAUCGACAGUAGUUUCAACUACACAGGUAUCUCGAAUCAUAUCUCGCAAAACUAUGGAAGCAUUUUUGUGUCUCCUUGUGCAACUCGGAGCUUGAACAUGAUAUUAGAAGAAUUCUCCAAGUUAGAUUGGGUGAACCGAUGUAUACUUCAAGCACAAAUCCUGACCAAAUUUAUAUACAAUAAUGGCUCAGUGCUGGAUCUGAUGAUGAAGUUCACAGGUGGUCAAGAUAUAAUUAAGAGCGGUAUCACGAGGCCUGUCUCCAGUUUUUUAUCGUUACAGGCAAUGAUGAAGCAAAAGGCAAGGCUGAAGCACAUGUUUAACAGGACUAUUUACGAGUUGAUGACAAGGGCGAAGGAGUCGAUACGCACUUAUUACAUCAUGGAUGAGAAUAAGCAUAAGAUAUUUUCCAGUAUCAUUGAUACACAGUGGUUUGAUCAUCUGCAUUCGCCUCUUCAUGCCGCAGCAGCGUUUUUGAACCCCAGUAUUCAGUAUAACCCAGAGAUAAAGUUCCUCACUUCAUUGAAAGAAGGCUUUUUCAAGGUGUUGGAGAAACUUCUUCCGACUAGCGAUCUACGUCGUGAUGUCACAACUCAGAUAUUCACCUUCACGAGAGCAAAGGGAAUGUUCGGCUGUAACCUUGCGAUGGAAGCAAGGGAUACAGUGCCACCAGGGCUGUGGUGGGAGCAGUUUGGUGACUCAGCGCCCGUGCUGCAACGGGUGGCCAUCAGGAUACUGAGUCAAGUUUGCAGUGGCUACAACCUGGAACGCCAUUGGAACACAUUCCAGCAGAUGCACUGGGAGAGACGGAACAAGAUUGACAAAGAAAUGUUGAACGGAUUGGCGUACGUGAAUCACAAUCUCAAUUUAGGGAAAAUGGCGUCAUCGGAGAUGGACCCGAUUGCACUUGAAGACAUCGACAUGACGUCUGAGUGGGUGGAGGAGGCAGAAAAUCCAAGCCCUACCCAGUGGCUCGAUCGGUUCGGAUCUGCCCUCGACGGGGGCGACUUGAACACGCGGCAGUUCAGCGCUGCCAUUUUCGGUGCCAGCGAUCAUGGCAUCUUCGGCUUGUGAAUUCAUUUUCCAUGCCGGAGUUCGCCUUAACAUGGUCUGGGUAGUGACCCAAUUGCCAAGGGAAGAUUCAAAAACAAUUGCAGAAGAAAGUGAGCUGCAUCAUGAUGGAUGGUGGAGUAAAAGGGACAUAUUUGGAAGUCAUGGACACUUGGGCAGUUGCUGUCGGAGAUUGUAGCUUGGGGGCCUUAGGUUUCUUGGACUUGCACCUUUUACCAAAAUGGCAUUCGUCCGCUGUACGUAACGGGAAUUUAAUUGUUAUGAAUCUCUCUCUGAUAUAUGUAUAAUAUAUAUAGUAUUCGUGAGGAUACAUUUUGGCCCGUGA